UGAACAUUUUCACGGAACUUUCUUUUUAUAAAUAGUGAAUGGUAACAGAGACUCAUUACGCCCAAAAGCCCACUAGGAUUUAUGCCAUGUGUAUUAAUAUAUUUUUCAUAGUGGAUAAAGUUUAGUUUACCACCACGAGGGAAAGAAACCGCCGCGCUCUAACAUCAUCCGUGAUCAUCGCUUGUUCAUUAUUGGGGACUCCAAGUCCCAGGAGACACCGCGAUUGAUUUCCAGCUCAGCCGUUACCAUAGUUACAUUCACUGUCCAAGUGCCUAACAGCACAGUGAAGUGAGCGCAGCCAAGUUUGCGAAGGAAGGUGCGAAACUGACAACGUUUCUGAAGCGAGUAUAAGAGUUGAUCUACAUUGAAAGAUGGAGGGAUGCGUGGUUCGUCUUCACGGAGUUAUGUUCAAUGGUUUAAAUACUCAACUCAUCAUAAUCAACUUCAACCAACUCUUCAAAACUAGAGAUGCUCCUGCAAUUCUGCCUACGAUAAAGAACGAGGAUGUUGCUCGUGCUGUGGUGGCUCUAUUGGACAUGUCCUUGCCUGAUGUCGGCCCUAAAGAUAUUCACGCAACAGUGCAUUACCCUGGGGUACAUACUAUCAUUAUGACACGAGACCAUGAUGAUGCUUUAGUGGAAUAUACUGGAAGACCAUUCCGAAAAAAGGAGGCAACACUGAGCCCAGUGCCCCGUGAAACAUCUAACAGUGUUGAUCCCACACAUAAGCUGCUUUCUGAGCUAUACAGCGACUCUGAGGAAAGUUCAGAGGAGGAAAGUUCAGAGGAGAUGUUAGCAGAAGAAGCAAGUAGCAGAUGGUCUUGGGGGAAAUUUAAAGAAGGCCUGCAGGAGCUCGUGGACGGAGCGAGGAAUAGAAAGAAAAGAAGAGAAAUACGUGGAGAGGAUGGAAAGAUUCCAACAUCCGCCGUUGGAGUGGAAUCUCUGAUCGUUGCUGCUGCUUGCUACGAACUCAAGACACUGUUUACAGGAAACAAAGUGCUUCAGCUGUCUCUUUUGGCUGUUAGGAAAAACUACCGGCACCAGGGGAUUGGCAGCUACAUCGUACAGCUUCUGAAGUCUCAGUCUGUAGUAGGACAGUAUGACACACUUGUCGCCCACGCUGACACCGAUACAACAGCAUUCUUCAAUAGCAACGGGUUCUCUGACGACCUCAUGCUCAACGACAUGUUCAAAGAGCUGAAAGAUGAAUGGACCAACAGUAUUAUAAUGAGUUACCUGCCACCCUUUACCACAGACCUCACAAUGAGAGAUCCUGAUUUCUCCCUGAGUUUACAAGAGGUGGAGAUAGAGUUGAAAACUGCGAGGUCACAGGCUCUCUGUGCGUAUCAGCAACAGAUGGUGUGUGUGACCAGGCUUCUCAAAGAGGUCAAGAUCCUACGCCAACAGCUUUCAACAGUACGUGAAGAAGCAGAUUGUCUUCAUCUCAGGCUGGAACAUGAAAAACGAAAACGGCAUGACGUAGAAAACAGGUUUAUGAUGUACAGGCUGAAGAAUGCACAGAAGCUGUUGGACAGUACUGCCACAGACUUAGAUGACCAGGAACAUUUAAAUGCAGAAACACAAGAGCAAGAAACAGGACAGUCCAAACAACCUUUCAUCCAAACACCAGAGGGCGCUGAAGGUUGUUGAGGAAACAGCUUCUUUGUUUAUUUUAAUCUGAAUUUUAAGUCUUGACUGAUGUAUUGUGUUCAUUGUAAGUUUUGUACCUUUUAUUGCAGGCUUUAGGAAGACUGUUAAUUGGCUAAUAUAUAUUCAUAUGUUUUUACUUUUGUUAGUAUGUUUAUUUUUAAUUCUGUCUCAGUUUUUGAAUGUCACGUGAGUGAUUUCCUGUAGUAAACGUCUCUGGACCAGCUUUAAAAAAUACAAAGGA